AUGGCACAUGGUAGAAGCAGAGCCUCCUCUGUUUUGGACGGUUUCACUCUCAACCCCGUUCCAUACCCCGUUUUACUAAUCUUAGCACUCAUCCUCUUGUUCCUGGCCAUUUCAUGGUAUUUCUCCUAUGAAGAAGUGGUUGAAGCUGCAGAAGAACAACUGGGGUGGAUGCUUUUAGCCACACCGCUGCUGCUAAUACUCAUGGUUCGUUGGUUAUCGUCUGUGGAUACUUCAGAAUGGUUCUUUUUCAACUCCUCGCCAUGGGAGAGAAGAAGGACCACGCACAACUUUCCAUCAGAGGGUACCUCUCCUUGGGGUGUUGCCGCUUUCAUCCUCCUGGUUCUCGUGCUUCUGCACUAUCAGUCCACUUUUCUUGAUUCCUGGUUUGGUUGAUUUUGUUUCGUUUCUGUUCAGAUUUUCUCUGUUUCUCUACACUUUAUUUUCUCUGUUUUUGUUUCACUUUAUUAUUUGUUAAGCGUAAAGGUUGAUGCUA